AUGUCGGUACACGUGCUAGAAGACUGGUUGACCGCCGACCUUCGUGAUAUGGAGGCCCGCUGCCGUGCGGAGGUGCGAGAAACAGUGCGCGCGUUGAUGGCAAUGUAUCCCACUCUCCUGCUGGAUGCACGGUAUAAAACCCCAAAUGUACGUCUUCGGAGGGAAGACGAGACACUAUGGCUUAGGAACAGGAGCGCGAAUGCACGAAUACUGGCUAUUCGGGCGGAGCUUUCUAGUAGGAGUGACACUUGGAGGCGUUAUUAG